CUCUCCCUCCAGCGCUCCAGCAGCUUCAAGGACUUUGCCAAGUCCAAAGUCAGCUCCCCUGUGCCGAGCGAGAAGGAGUUCAACCUGGAGGAGAACAUCCCCGAGGAUGAGUCCAGCAGCGCCAGCCCUGAUGAUGCUGCACGGAGCAGCGGGAUGAAGCUGGGCAAGAAGUGGCGGGCCGUCAUCUCCCGCACCAUGAACCGCAAGAUGGGCAGGAUGGCCGUGAAAGCCCUGGCCGAGGGGAAGAAAGGGGACAUCAUCGGCAUCAUCGAGAAGCCGCCCGUGGGCACCUGGACCGGGCUGCUCAACAACAGGGUGGGCUCCUUCAAGUUCAUCUAUGUGGACGUGAUCCCCGAGGAGACAGCCCCUGCCCGCAAGAGCCGGGGCCCCGGCAAGAGC